CGGCGCGAUAAUGCUCUUAGAACUACAAUGAUAGUAAGACCACAGCAGGGAAAAGUAUAUGGAACAAGUACGGGGCAAUCUGGGUAGGAGAAUUUUACUAUACGGCUGACAUGACUGGAUUUUAAGGGAAUUAGGUUUGUUCAGGUUAAGAGCUCCUCUCACCCGUUUAUUGACGAAGCAGGCCUGCAUUACAUCAGCUAAGCGCUUCCGUCAUGACCUCGUCGAAUUCAUCUCCCGGCAAUCAACAUGACACAAGACAUAUCUGGGAGGAUGCUCCCGAAUGGCUGAUUGAUGAAAUCGACGGUGACGAUGGUGACGAUGGCGACGAUAGGGAUUUUGUGCCGGCAGAUGACUUUGAUGUUGAAGCAGAAGAUGAUGACGAGUGGGAAGAUGAAGAAGAAUCUGAGAAUAUGGAUGACCAACUAGAGGAAUCCGACGGGCAUGGAGCGGAUGACGAAGAUCAUUACACGGCCUCAUUGUCCGCCACCGAAUUUCUUCGCCUUUUUGGGUCGGGUUUGCGUCAAGUGCUACCUACACACAGAAUAUCAGGGUUGGGAUUUUACUUGGACGAUAACGGCAACGAUGUGUAUGGAGGGCCUAUAUAUCGCAUGCACGGAUCCCGCUCCGGCGAACACCUACUACCCAAAAUACCAAGCGAUGCCGGACGAAAGCUAAUGUAUUCGGGCGAUUUUGGAAGCCAUCUAAACUAUGUGGAUAAGAUAAAACGAAGGAAAGAAAGGCUGGCCACGAGGUUAAUGUGGAGGGAAUUGGCCAAUGGCCCACGACUUCGUCCACGUGCUAUAUCGCAGGAUCUCAUCCCCAAUUCGAAAGCCGAUAAAAUCAUUCAUUAUAAUUCGAGAUGUUACUCUGGAUCCUUCUCCGACGACGGAAAUUUCUUUUUUUCCUGCGCUCAGGAUUUCAAGGUGCGAAUGUACGAUACGUCAAAUCCACUCGAGUGGCGUUGGUAUAAAACAGUCGAGUACCCAUUCGGGCAAUGGACCCUCACAGACGCGAGCUUGAGUCCAGACAACAGGUACUUGGCAUACAGCUCGAUCCGAAAUAUUGUGUGCCUAGCGGGAACAGACCCAUCUUCAGACUCAGAACCAACUCUACUGAAUUUUGCAAGCCGCUACGGCUCGCCCCUUAGUGGAUCAGACUUUGGAAUAUGGAGCAUUCGAUUUAGUGGUGAUGGGCGCGAGUUGAUUGCAGGCACUUCCAGUCAAAGUGUGAUUGUCUAUGAUAUCGAAAGCCGUACACCAAUACUAACGCUAGAAAACCACGACGACGAUGUGAACGCCGUUUGUUUUGGGGACAAGUCUUCGCCCCAUAUUCUCUAUUCAGGGUCUGAUGACACGACAAUAAAGGUCUGGGACCGGAGGUCCAUGGGAGAUGGUCGUGCUGCAGGAUGUUUCUUAGGCCAUAGUGAAGGAAUCACAUAUGUCGAUAGUAAGGGAGACGGAAGAUAUGUAUUAAGCAACGGAAAGGACCAAAGCAUGAAGCUCUGGGACCUACGCAAGAUGAUGACGAGUGCAAAGCUAGAUACAAUCGACUUGAAUAGCUAUUCCACAGGGUUUGAUUACAGAUAUAUGUCUAUCUCAGAUGCAGAUUACAGGCCCCAUCCGCACGACUGUUCUGUUGUCACGUUCCGAGGACACCGCGUAUUAAAGACCCUCAUACGAUGUCAUUUCUCUCCUGAUACAAGCACCAACUCCAAAUAUGUGUAUUCAGGAAGUUCAGACGGCCGUGUUUUUAUUUAUAAUCUCGACGCUACAGUGGCUGGCAUUAUCGAUGUUGGAGAGGCCUCAUUUAAUUCUCGGAAACAUGAACAAGAUAUGUUCCGCUCUUCCCGCCGAAUGGGGCGGGCCGAGAACGAAUGGGCAACGUGCGUGAGAGACGCCAGUUGGCAUCCAAAUGCCCCCAUUAUAGCUGCAACUUCAUGGAACGGGUGGGGCAUGUCCACGGGCACCUGCAGCGUGCAUGCCUGGAGCGAUGGUGCAGAGCUCGACGAAGCCGAAGCUCCCAUCGGCCAAAGCUACAACAGCAAGUUGGAACCCUUACAGCCCAGCAACCGCUCUGCGGAAGAGAGCCGAUCAUUCACAGGUCAUAUAAUAAGAAAUGGAAGAGUCGCAUCAUUCAUCACGCUAGAGGACGACGAUCCCCUUGACACGAACUCGUGAUAGCCAUGGCCUAUUAGAUGACAAGCUCUUGUGUUCAUAUGGAAGUCCGCAGAGUUACUGUUUUCUUUCCUUUUCCUUUUUUCCUUUUUUUUUUUUUUUUUUCCAUAUUACGCAGUUUUAUGUCGUGAUGAACAUGUGCUUACGCCUACUCUCGUGUGUAUUUAUUCUUUACAUACUCCUAUCAGCCCCUCUGUUUUGCGCGGCGGAGAUGUUUCUGUCGACACGAUACCUCUGAGUAUUUCGCGAUUCUGCACCCCUUAUCUCCUAAAAUAUGGGCGACAUUUCCAAGAUAUCUCCUCAGUUUUGUUUAGUUGGCGCGGCACUUGCACUUGGCAACCAUGUAGUGGCUAGCAUCGUUUUCCUGAUCGCCCAACUCCAUCGCUACCCUACCUUGUUUUCUAGAUGAAGGAUGAGCGAGCAGUACAUUGUCACAGAUUCUAUGUAUACCAAAACCGUGUCAUUAAAAAUGCGAAGAAAUGCAGCUCCCAAUGCAUUAAUAUUUAUCUAGUCGAGAGAUAUAUAUAUCAGCUUAAUUAACGCCCGAUCAUCAGUAGAAAAGGGACAGAUGAAAUUAUUUCCAAUGAAUGUAAAAAAGGGCAAAACACCGACCAAUACAGGAAAAGGAGCUCAACAUAAAUGACGGCUGGAUAUUGUACAUAAGCAUAACAUAAAGGAAAUAAACAAGAAUAAUAGAAAGAUGGCUA